AUGAUAGAGCUGGGGGGGUAUGAAAAUCUUACUUUUGGAGAGAAAGAGUGUCGCAAUUAUAUUGCGAAAUCAAGACGUCUUCGCCUUGGCACAGGAGGUGCUGCAGCACUUCGUGACUAUUUUGAUAGAAUGCGGAAAGUGAAUGAUGAUUUCUAUUUUGAUAUGGACGUGGAUGAUGAAUGUCGGUUGAAAAAUGUGUUUUGGGCUGAUGCACGAAGUAGGUCAUCAUAUGAAGAUUUCGGUGAUGUGGUUACAUUUGACACAACAUAUUUGACCAACAAAUACGAAAUGCCAUUUGCCCCUUUUGUAGGAGUUAAUCAUCAUGGUCAAUCAAUGCUUUUAGGGGCAGCAUUAAUUUCAAGUGAGGAUACAGCAACAUUUGUUUGGUUGUUUGAGGCAUGGUUGAAAUGCAUGAAGGGCCGAGCGCCAGGGGCAAUUAUUACAGAUCAAGAUCGGGCUAUGAAAAGUGCAAUUAAGAAGGUUUUUCCGAAUGCCCGACAUAGAUUUUGUUUAUGGCAUGUACUGAAAAAACUUUUAGAAAAAUUUGGAUCACAUUUACAGUACAAGACCAUUAAGAGUGCCAUACGAAAUUGUGUGUAUAAUUCUCAGACAUGUGACGAGUUUGAUGCAAGUUGGCAGACCCUACUUGAGUGUUAUAAUCUGGAGGAUAAUGCAUGGUUGCGUGGUUUAUACAAUGAACGGACUUUCUGGGUACCGGCAUAUUUAAAAGAUGUAUUUUGGGCCGGCAUGACUACCACACAACGCAGUGAGAGUAUGAAUGCAUUCUUUGAUGGUUAUGUGCACUCGUCCACCUCAUUGAAGGAAUUUGUAGAUCAAUACGACAACGCUUUGCGUAGGAAGGUUGAGAUUGAGAAUGUUGCUGAUUUCAAUUCUUUUAAUUCCACGAUUUCAUGUGUAAGCAAGCUUCCCUUUGAGAAGCAAUUUCAAAAAAUUUACACCCAUGAAAAGUUCAAAGAAGUUCAGAAGGAGAUUACAGAGGUUCUGAAUUGUAGUUGCUCUCUUCUAAAAAGUGAAGGUGGAAUUAGUACCUAUCAAGUGAUGGAACGAGUAGAAGUCAGUGAUGCCUACACGAAAAAAGUACGCUUUAUUGUUUACUAUAAUGACCCUUCAUGUGAAGUGAACUGCAGUUGUUGUUUAUUUGAAUCAAGGGGAAUUUUGUGUAAACAUGUCAUAUCUGUACUGACUACACUUGAAGAUGUGGAAUUGUUGCCCGAAAAAUAUUUUCUAAACCGAUGGAGGAAGGAUUUGAAGCGGCCAUAUAAGUUAAUCAAAAGUAGUUAUGAUCCUUUAAGUGGCAACCCUACUGCAGAGCGAUAUGCUGAACUGAGCAAAAAUAUGCUGAAGUUAGCCUCAAUCGUAGCACCAAACGUGGACCAUUGCACGGAAGUACAAAGUUAUGUUGAUAUGCUAACUAAGAAAUUAGGUGGUCAAAGCUAUGAACAAAAUCCACCUUCCCAAUCACUUCCAAGUGCAUCUGUGACCGGUAAUAGAACUAUUGAUUGUAUGGGAGUGGAGACAUGCCAAAGAUCGCUCGUCGAUGAAUUGGACACAAGUGAAGAUCUGUUGGCUUUUGUAACUAAUGUUCAGCAUGACCAAGUAAUUGGAACUCAAAAUAGCGUAGUUACACAGACCUUUGGGAAUUCACAGUCAUCAGGUCCUAUUCAAGGAGAUUUCAUAUACUUGUCGUGA